GACGACGACCAGCUCAUGUCCAUGUUCCCUGACGAGGGUGGGUCCACGGCGCCCGGGUCCGAGAACGGCAGCAGCGACAGCGACGGCGACAAGCGCGGCAAGGAUCGGUACGGUGACGGGCAGAACGACGGAGCCAACGACCUCGAGGAGAAGGCGCCGGGGCAAGCCACGCCGACCUCGUCGACGGAGACGAUCCGAGACCCAAAGAGGGUCAAGAGGAUACUGGCAAACCGCCAGUCGGCUCAGAGGUCGCGGGUGAGGAAGCUGCAGUACAUCUCCGAGCUAGAGCGCUGCGUCACCACGCUCCAGAACGAGGUGUCCGUGCUGUCUCCCCGGGUGGCGUUCCUGGACCAGCAGCGGACCAUCCUCACCGUCGGCAACAGCCACCUCAAGCAGCGGAUCGCCGCGCUGGCGCAGGACAAGAUCUUCAAGGACGCUCAUCAAGAGGCGCUCAAGGAGGAGAUCGAGAGGCUCCGGCAGGUGUACCAGCAGCAGAACCUCAGGAUGUCCUCCGGUGCGGCCGCCGCCGACCAGCACGGCCACGGAGGGCCGCCUCCCGUGCGCCAGGAGAAGGAGCUCAUGAGCUGA